AUGGUCUUUGUGAACUAUUUAAUUGUUGAGGUUCUAAAAAGAUAUGACUUCUUCUAUGGUGACUCACUGAAGGUAGACUUUCCUACAGGCUCAGGAAACAGCAUGAGACUGAAUUCUGUGGCAGACAAGUUGUCAGAAAGAUUGACCAGAAUAUUUCUCCCAGAUGAAGAUGGCAGACGACCCUGCCAUGGAAAUGCUUCAAAAUAUGCACAAGAUCCCCACUGGAAAGAUUUAGUGUUAUUCUAUGAAUAUUUCCAUGCAGAAGAUGGAAGAGGCUGUGGGGCCAGUCAUCAAACUGGCUGGACUGCAUUGGUUGUGGACUUCUUAAGAGCUUGCAUUCCAGAGAAAUAGUGGUACAGCCUUAUAUAAGAAAAUACCAAACUGUACACUGUGUAAGGUGCAGAGGAGCAUUGAAAAAUUAGUAAAACUUAAAUAGAGUAAAAUGUUUUGUGUGCAAUACAUGAUCUGAACAGCGUCCACAUUUUUGCAUUCUGCAUAUAGUGCCAGUACUAGACAAUUAACCCAGAAUUCUCAAUGCAUUGUUACAAAUUUACAGUUGCAAGGUGUAGAAGGUGAGUAAUGUUUCUUAUUCAAGGCAAGAUACUCAUUUUUAUGUAUUCAAAGCAGAAAUUAGAGUUAACCUCAUGUAUGUUUCUUAUAAGGUAUUUUCAUCAGAUAAAAGCAAUACUCUUGUAUUCAAGCAGAAUUUUAAAACAAGGCAGCAAAGCUUUCAGACAAAAAAUCAAAAAAUAAAGUUGCACGGAAUAAGUUAUUUUGUUAACUUUGGUGCAAUAAUACAUUGUGCUUAAUAGCAAAUUAAUGCAAAUUUUAAUUAUGCACAACAGAUAACAUGGAUGUUAGGAAUAUGUAACUAGCAUAAGGCUUUAGACCCAUGAGAGUUCAAAUCCACGCACUCUGAAGUGAGUGGGUUUACACCAUUUUUAGAUAAGACUUCAUGAACCUGAGCAGAUUAUUCCUUUUAUUCUUUCAAGACAAGUGCAUUUUAGAAAUUAAAUGUUACUUUAUUCCAUACUUUAUUAAUUUUAUUAUUUAAUUUUCCAUGCUCAUGUGCAUGCUGGGUUAAUUAUUUUAGAAUUAGUUGGAUUAAGACAGCAAUUUUUAAUAUGAUGUUGUGAAAUAAAGUUGUAGGUGGGCCUAAAUCAGCCAAUCUGUACAAAAAAAUAUCUGGUGAAUAAUAGAAAAUAGGAUAUCUCAUGUUGUAUUGCAAUGAAAUAAAUCCAAUAAUAUGGCAAUCUCAAAACUAUAAUGUUAUUGGUCAGAAUAAUUUUACAUUUUUUAGUAUUAAUAUUCAUAUUAUACAAAAUUAUAAUGCAGAUUUCUUUAAGCAGUCACAGAUAAAAGUUAAUAAAUAUUCUGGUCUAUUAAUGUUUUCAAGAAUUUUAUUAGAUGUUUAAAAUUUCAAAUUCCGUUUCAUCAGUUAUGUAAUAUUGUAGCAUAUUCACAUUCAAGUUAGUGUAGCUUUCCAUUCCUUGUGCUAGGAAAUUCCUUUUUUUCCAAAAAUUACCAUUUGUCUUUGUAGAUCUUGACAUGCAAUUGUUUAUGUGCAUAU